AGUAAAAAAAAAAAGCAGAAGUGAGGGGUGGAACGGCCGUCCUGUUUCAGGAGAAGAAACGGACAGACACAGAGAGACCCAGGAAGAAGGAGGGUGAGCCGAGGGGAACGCACAAGCACAACCAUGGCCCCUUGGACCAGGACCGAGGGAUAUGGUGUAGCAAAGUGGAAUUUCAUUGGCCAAGGGGAGAAGCAACUGUCCCUGGAGGUGGGCGACACAGUGCAGAUCCAGGAGGCCUGCGAGGGAUGGUACAAAGGCUACCUGACCAGGAACAAAGCCCUGCAGGGAGCGUUCCCAGCCAGCUUCGUCCAGCUGAAGGAUGCCAUCUCAGAGAGGAGAGGGAAGCAGGAGCAGGCGGUGUCGUCGGAGAUGCCCCUGGUCAAGGAGGUGACCACCACCCUGAGGGAGUGGGGCAGCAUAUGGAAGCAGCUCUUCGUGUCCAACAAGGGGGGCCGGGUGGAGCAGGUCCAGGGGCUGAUGUGGGAGCUGAUAGAGUGGCGCUCCCAGCUGCUCUCGGGGACUCUGCCCAACGACGAGUUCAAGGACCUCAAGCAGAAGGUCACCUCCAAGAUCGACUACGGAAACAAGAUCCUGGAGCUUGACCUGGUGGUCCGGGACUGCAGCGGGAGCGUCCUGGACCCGGAGCGGGCGAGCGUGAUCAGCCUGUUCCGGGCCCACGAGGAGGCCACCACCAAGAUCAACGAGCGCAUCAAGGAGGAGCAGUCCAACGUGCAGGCUGACCAUUCGGCCAUGUCGGCCCGCAUCCAGUCCUCGCCGACCCACAGCCUCUACGUGUUCGUCAGGAACUUUGUGUGUCGCAUCGGAGAGGACUCUGAGCUCUUCAUGUCCCUGUACGACCCCAACAAACAGACCAUAAUCAGUGAGAACUACAUGGUGCGCUGGGGCAAGAAAGGCUUCCCGAGGGAGAUCGAAAUGCUGAACAACCUGAAAGUUGUCUUUACGGACUUGGGGAACAAGGACCUGAACAGAGAGAGGAUCUUCCUCAUCUGUCAGAUCGUGAGAGUGGGCAUGAUGGAUCUGAAGGAGAACACCAAGAAGUGCACUCAGAACCUCAGACGGCCGUUCGGGGUGGCAGUGAUGGACAUCAGUGACAUCAUCAAGGGGAAGACGGAUUGUGAUGAAGACAAGCAGCAUUUCAUCCCCUUCCAUCCGGUGGUGGCUGAGAAUGACUUCCUCCACACGUUGUUGAACAAAGUGACGGCAUCACGAGGAGACAGUGGAGGUCAAGGACUAUGGGUGACCAUGAAGGCCCUGGUUGGCGACAUCGUACACAUCCGCAAGGAGCACCCCCACCUGGUGGACCGCAGUACUGCGGUGGCGCGCAAGCUGGGCUUCCCCGAGAUCAUCAUGCCGGGGGACGUUCGCAACGACAUCUACCUCACCCUGCAGGGCGGCGACUUCGACAAGUACAACAAGACCACGCAGAAGAACGUGGAGGUCAUCAUGCUGGUGUGCGACGAGCAGGGGAAGGUGGUACCGAACUCCAUCUGUCUGGGAGCCGGCGAUAAGGCCGUCAACGAGUACAGAUCUGUCAUCUACUACCAAAUCAAACAGCCCCGCUGGAUGGAGACCAUUAAGGUGUCCAUCCCGCUGGAGGAAAUGCAGAGGAUCCAUUUGCGCUUCAUGUUCCGGCACCGCUCCUCGCAAGAGUCCAAGGAUAAGAGUGAGAAGAACUUUGCCAUGGCGUUUGUCCGUUUGCUGAAGGAUGACGGGACGGUCCUACAGGACGGCCUUCAUGACCUGGUGGUCUUCAAGGGUGACAGUAAGCGCAUGGAGGACGUGGGCUCCUACCUGUUGCUGCCCUCCACACGCUCCCAGCAGGGGGACCCCCACAAGGCGGGGGGCCUGGGCCGCAGCUCCAGCAACCUGUCGGGCGGCGGGGGGGGCUUGUCGGUCAGCUCCAGGGACAGCUUCGCCAUCUCUACCCUGGUCUGCUCCACCAAACUCACCCAGAACGUGGGCUUGCUGGGGCUGCUGAAGUGGAGGACUCGACCGGAACUUCUCAGGGAAAACCUGGAGAAGCUCAAACUCAUUGAUGGAGAGGAGGUGGUCAAGUUCCUGCAGGACACCCUGGACGCCUUGUUUAACAUAAUGAUGGAGCACUCGCAGACUGACGACUACGACUUCCUCGUCUUCGACGCCCUGAUUUACAUCAUAGGUCUGAUUGCCGACAGGAAGUUCCAGCAUUUCAACACGGUGUUGGAGGCCUACAUCAAGCAGCACUUCAGCGCCACACUGGCCUACAAGAAGCUGAUGUCGGUGUUGAAGAACUACCUGGACGUGUGUAGCCGGGGGGACCACUGUGAGAACAUCCUGCGGACCCUCAAGGCCUUGGAGUACAUCUUCAAGUUCAUCGUCCGCUCCCGCAUGCUCUACUCCCAGCUCUACGAAGGGAAGGAGCAAGAGGAGUUUGAGCAGUCUCUGAGGAGACUGUUUGAGUCCAUAAACAGCUUGAUGAGGACUGACUACACCACCACCCUGCUGUUGAGGGUAGCCGCUCUGAAGUACCUCCCCACCGUCUUGCAUGAUGUUGAAAAGGUGUUUGAUGCCACGCUCCUGAGUCAGCUCCUGCACGACUUCUACACCUGCUUCUCCCCCGAGAAGCUCCAGAAGCAGAAGGUCAUCUCCAUGACGGAGAUUGUCAGCAGCCGUCUCUUCCAGAAACAAGAGUGCCGUGACGUGCUGCUACCCAUGAUGCUGCGGGAGCUGAGCGGGGCGCUGGCGACCAUGGCCGACGGGCCGCACGACGAGCGCCGAAACAGUCUGGAGCUGCUCAACAACAUCCUGGAGGUCCUGAGCCGGGACAACGUGGUGAGAACGCCCGCUUCCUGUGUCUCACGCACGCACGCACGCACGCGCGCACCGCAUGCGCACGCGCAAAUACGCACGCACGCACACGCACACACACACACACACACACACUCCGAUGUGCUCACCCUCAGGUACCUUUACAAACUGAGGGACCUUCACCUGGACUGUGACCACUACACGGAGGCAGCCUACACCUUGCUGCUUCACUCCCGCUUGCUCAAGUGGUCGGACGACCUGUCUAGUCCCCAGCUUGAGUUCCACGGCUCCCAGACCCAGCGCCAAAUGAAGGAGACCCUGUACGACAUCAUCAUCGACUACUUCGACAAGGGAAAGAUGUGGGAGGAGGCGAUAACCCUGUGUAAAGAGCUCUCGGAGCAGUACGAGAACGAGAUAUUUGACUACGAGUUACUGAGCAAGAGACUGGAGAAGCAGGCAAAGUUCUACGAGAACAUCAUGAAGAUCCUGAGGCCCAAGCCCGACUACUUUGCGGUGGGCUACUACGGCCAGGGGUUCCCCCUGUUCCUCAGGAACAAGGUGUUCAUCCACAGGGGCAAGGAGUACGAACGCAGGGAGGACUAGAACGAGCUGAUGAGCCAGUUCCCCAGCGCCCUGCGCCUCAACACCACCACCAUGCCCGGGGACGACAUCUGGGACUCUCCCCUGCAGUACCUGCAGUGCUUCACGGUGCAGCCCGUCCUGGAGAUGCCCCCCCGCCUGAAGAACAAGCCCGUCCCUGAUCAGAUCAUCAACUUCUACAAGUGCAACUACGUGCAGCGCUUCCACUACUCCAGGCCCGUAAAGAAGGGGCCCGUGGACCCCAACAACGAGUUUGUGUCCAUGUGGAUAGAACGCACCACCUUCACCACCGUCUACAAGCUCCCUGGGAUCCUGUGCUGGUUCGAGGCCACCGAGAUGAAACAGACCACCCUCUCCCCGUUGGAGAACGCCAUCGAGACCAUGGAGUCCACCAACGAGAAGAUCCUGGCCCUGAUCAACCAGUACCAGACGGACCUCAGCCUGGCCAUCAACCCCCUGUCCAUGCUGCUCAACGGCAUCGUGGACCCCGCCGUCAUGGGCGGCUUCGCCAAGUACGAGAAGGCCUUCUUCACUGAGGAGUUCACGCAGCAGCACCCGGAGGACCGCGACAAGCUGCUGCGUCUCAAGGACCUCAUCGCCUGGCAGAUCCCGCUGCUGGGCGCCGGCAUCUCGCUGCACGGCAAGAGGGUGAUGGAGGACCUGCGGCCCUUCCACGAGCGCAUGGAGGAGUGCUUCAAGCAGAUGAGGAAGAAGGUGGAGACGCAGUACGGCGUGCGAGAGCUGCCUGACAUGGAGGACAGGAAGUCCAGCCGGCCUCGCUCCAUGCUGCGCUCCAUGCGUCAGUCGGUCAUCUCCAUCAGCUCCCUGCAGGGGUCCGAGUGCGGAACACCCACCAGGACCCAACCGGACAGGGACUUCCCCCCCCCUGAGGCCGCGGGGGUCCGGCUACGCUCCAGCGGCAGCCUCAGUCUGAGCCUGACGGAGGAGGUUCCCGGGGAGGCGGAGGUGAAGCUGAGGAAGAGCAAGAAGAAGAGGAAGAGGAGCAGCAUGAUCAACAUCUCCGAGGAGAGGGAGAGGACCGCCACCCUGGACGGAAAACGGCUGUCGAAGAAGCAGGAGUUCCGCAGCGACACCAACCUGACCGACGUGAAUGAUAUGGUUCUGACCAACGCCAACUCCAAAUCCCUGCCUGCUAUUGGAGGUCUGUCCCUACAGGUGGUGGGGGCGGCCGAGGAGGUGGACUCGAGCCGGUCCAGGCGGGACAGUAAGUCCAUGUCCAUAUGCGCUGGCUCAGACAGGACCGCCGACAGACGCUCCAAGGGGGUCCUGAAUCUUUUUUUCAAGAAUAAGGUUUCCAAAUCUGAAGAUGUGAAGACGAGUGCCUCAUCCAAAGACAACAUCAAUCAUUUCUGAUAUUUAUCAUCACUUUUUUUUGUAUUCCUUGGUGCCAUCACUGGAUUGAUGAGAAAAUUGAACAAACAAGUGCCGAUGAGCAAUGAUGAAAGGUUUGAAUUAUGCCAUGAAAUGCAACAUGGUUGCUUGCUCUUUUAUAACUCGCUUGCUGCACUGAUUCAGUGCCUCCUCUUUUAUAUAAUUCAGUGUCACUAUUCAUUGUCGCCAUUUUGUAUUUGACUGACACAUUUUGCUAAUAGGAGAAUUUUAAUAGAGGCAAACGGCAACCAGCAGCUUUCAAACUGAUUGAGCUUCUGCAAGAUUGGGCAUUCACAAAACAAUCUAUUGACACGCUUGACUGAAGCACUUCUUGUUACGACAGUUAUGUGAUUAACGAAACCCGAUGAAUCGCUAGUAAACCUCCUUUUGUCAGUUUUACUAUGGAUCUUGUCGUGCUGCCAAACGACCUGGCACAUUAUGAAAAUCUGACAGGUCCAUUUUAAUAUAGCGGAGCAGAAAGACUAGUGCAGACACUGCUGUUAAGAUAAAUCAACAUCUCAUUUCACAAUAAAAGUUUUGACCUCAA